AUGAUAAAGAUUAAUAAACUAUAUUUAUUUCUUUUAAUACAAAUAAUAUGUUCAUUUUUAAUAGUUUCAGCUAGAUAUGAUAAUACUGAUGAUGAUCCUGAUUAUUGUUGUGAAGGUUAUUUUGAUGACAGAACAAAUAAAUCGGUGUGUACAUCGAAAGUAUAUUCAAAGAGUUCAUGGUACUACUAUCAUUGCGGUUCAGUGGUGUCCUAUACCAAUAGCUAUGAUGGUGAAGCACUGUUGUUCGAGACACUAGAUACAGAUAAUUUCUGUGUGAAUAUAAUAUACAGAAACAAGAAUCAUUUUUUUGCAAAUGAAUCAAAAUUUCUAUCACAUAUUAAUGUCAAACCAAUGAUUUUCACCAAAGUACACACAAAUAUCGGACAUCAACAACAAUAA